CUGGGUGAACUGCGACGUAGCAAUUUCCUCAAGGUGCUAGCCAGCCUAGAGGUGGAGGAGGACAUCAACCACGUCACGCAGUACUUCUCCUACGAACACUUCUAUGUCAUCUACUGCAAAUUCUGGGAGAUUGACACGGACCACGAUCUCAUUAUCACCAAGGCCGACCUUCUUCGACACAAUAAUUACGCGAUUUCCGAGCGUAUGAUAGAUAGAAUUUUCAGUGGAGCUGUCACGCGGGGCAACUCCUUUAAAGAGGGCACUAUGUCGUACUCAGAAUUUGUGUGGUUCCUCCUUGCCGAAGAAGACAAACGCCAUCCUCGAAGCAUUGAAUACUGGUUUCGUUGCAUGGACCUGGAUGGGGAUGGCGUGCUGUCUCUCUACGAGUUGGAAUACUUUUACUCAGAGCAGUCAGCCCGCAUGGAGGAGAUGGGUAUUGAACCGCCUACCCUGGAAGACUGUCUGUGCCAGUGUCUAGACAUG